GUUUUUCAAACAAUGCAAUCGAGUUUCGCGCCCUCGCAAUCAAUUCGAAAUAACAAAGAAACUCCCUGAUCUUUAAUUUUGAAAUUUCGUUCGUACAAAUUUGUUGUUUCUUGUGCGGACUACUUUGGACGAAACUGACAAUUAUUUAUUUUCAUUUGUUGACUUUUAUCCCGAAACACGAGAGGCGAAUAGGACUAUGGCCCAAUAACGUAACUACACAAAAGAUGAUACGAAAUACAGAUCGAAACAUGGUAACACGGAUAGAAUCAGAAAAUUGUACGCGAUUUAUGCCGCGGAUUUUCUGAAACCAUACAGAUUAAGUUAGGAAUAAAUUUUUUCGUCGAAACAAAAGUGGUGUGCGUUUAUUGGUCGAUACCAGUGGCAGUCGAAGAAUCAGCCAAUAAGAAACGACGUCGUUCUCGCAGGGAGAAAUAAUGCAGUCGUCAGGAGAGCAGCCUACUGUGAUAAUUGUAUAGCAAUUGACAGUGCAGUGGAAAAUAUCGUGCAUGUAGGUGCGUGCCAUUAUUCGAACCAAAAUUACAGUUUAAUUUAAAAUGUCAUCGCCUACACAAGUGUUAAAAAGUGUCGGCCCAAAGCUAGUCCCGUUCUUUAAAACCGUGUCUGUGUAUUUUAUAUUAUUGGCCGAGCAACCGUCACUACUGACGGCGUGUUUCAAGUGUUUGCCAAUUAUAAGUCUUAUCGUCUUUGUUCUCCUACACGGAAUUAGUUUAUCGCAGGAAUACGCAUUUUCCAGACGAAUACUGACAGGGCUAAUAUUCAGUUGUAUGGGCGAUGCACUACUGGUGUGGCCCAGUUGUUUCACGCCUGGAAUGUGUAUGUUUGCCCUCGCCCAGAUAAUGUACAUCAGCGCAUUUGGUUUUAUACCGCUUAACAUAAUGCUAGGUACAAUUCUAUACGCUAUGUGUUCGCUAGUCAUAUAUACCUUGAUGCCUGGUUUGAACGGUAUCCUGGUCAUCGGAGUUCCAGUUUACACUGUGCUUUUGACUACCAUGGCAUGGAGAGCAAUUUCAAGAGUUCAAUUUUAUAGGGAAUUAUGGACAUGGACUAAAUUAUGCAGCUGCAUCGGGAGCAUAUGUUUCCUCAUAUCUGAUACUUUGCUCGGUUUUCACUAUUUCCACACUCCGUUACCUUACUCUCAGGUCUCCAUAAUGCUGACGUAUUACGCGGCUCAAUUGGGAAUAGCAUUGAGCGCGGUGGGCUCUAAAAAUAAUAACGUUAGCAAUAAUAGAAAUGACGCGAACCAAGUAAAGGGUUGAAAGGAUUUGAUCUCCUAUUCGC